AUAAAAAUUGACAUCCGAAGCGAAGGCUGUAAUGAUCCAGGAAAAACGCCAAAUACAUGCGGCAGAGCAUACAUCAAGGUGAAUGACGUUGAACACGCUAAACAAGGCAGAGGGCAUAAUGUUGUUGUCGUGGAUGCGGUAACAGGUAAAGAACUUCAGUGUUGGUACUUAAAUGCUGUUUUUUUUUUUAAUAAUACUAAAACGUAAAAAUUUGGAGAAAAGAAGUAGAUUGACUACUUAUGUGCACUUUUACGAAGUUAUGUCUACCACAGCUGGAGUGAGGAGAAUUAUCGAAGUAUAAUAAAAUAAUAUUCUACAGUAUUCUACAAUAGUGUAUAAAGUGACUAAAAAUGCAUGAAACGAGAUAUUUGAACUCUUGCUAAUGAAAAUAGAAGUAAAGUUAAGGGAACUCAUUUUGUAGCUCUUAAAUUACUCGGCUUUUAUUCCAAGAAAAUCGAGAGUAAUCUUUCAAUUAUGGAAGUGUGCAAGACUCCGUGAUUUUCGAUACCAAAAAAGAAAGCAUUUUUCAAUGCAGGAAUUGUGGAGCAAUCCGUGAGAUUCGACACUCAUGGAAAUAGUGACGCUGGAAACCAGUUGAAAGCUUUUCUUAACGGGAUUUCUGGAGAGUAAGUAUCAGUUUGUCUUACAAAAUGUAAACACAAUUUUUUUUUGAAAUGGGGCCAAAUCUCAGAAUUGCACAGGGAGUCUUUUAUAAAUUUUAUAAGAAAUAUAAACUAGGGGUUCGAAAGUUUUGCAAACACAUUGGGAUAAAGUUGAAAAGGUCUGGCCCAAAUGUGAGCACGAAAAGAACCACAAAGCAUUCACUCGGUUUUCCUGACCAUACAAACGUACCUGAACAUAAAAGAAGUUGCGCUCAUCACGACAGUCAUUCGGCGCAAGAUUUGAACAUCACAAGGCGGUCGAACAACCAAAUCGACUCCAAAAUGCUGCUCACUUGCUCACAAACUAGGACUAGUUUUCCCGUUCAAUGGGAAAGGUCAAGCUCAGUGGUAAAAUGAUAAAUGUACCAGAAUAUUACUUAAAAUCCCUAUUUUCAGGUACAGGUUUUCUUUUCUAAUUUUGAAGUGUCACUCAUACAGUGAAUGAAACUCCAGACUUAACAACAUUAAGCAUUAAUUCCUAAGAGUGACUAGCAUCUAUUUCCUAAUUAUUAUAUCAGCUCUAAAUGACACUUUAAGGCCCCAAGAAAAAAGAAUUUUAUUAUCAACUUAAGAAGCUCUUAGUUGAUUGAUAAGCAAAUUUUUCUUGACAGCUCUUCAAGGAAUGUGUAAAGAAUAGCAUGAAUAUCAUCAUAUUGAUUUUAGGGGUAGAAAGCUUCAAAAUCAGCACCGAUCAACAACAAGCCUUUAGUAAAUGUUCAUGGAAAUUUGGUACAUUUAACAAUUUCUUUUUCUACUUCAGUAAGAUAGUCCUGGUUGCAGUCCAAGACGAGGGUUCAAAAUAUGUUAAAACAGCUUUUGAUGCUCUGACAAGAAUGGGAGGCUACGAUCUGGGCUUUCUUGACUACCGAGGAUCAUAUGCUCUUGUCGGUCACCCAGGAGAUCAGAAGCCAUCUUAUGUUACACAAGUACAGAGCAAGAGUGGGCAGGGACCAAGUGUGAUCUCCAUGACAGUUCCACUUACGAUAAGUAGGUUAUAUAACUGUUAGACAACAUUUGUACGUAAAAAGUUUAAGUUGUCCUUAUGCGAUACCUUUGCGUGUUCUAGGAUUUCUUUACGUUUCUUGGAUAAUACGACCUCCACUAUUUCUUUCGAUGAAUGUCUCAGCAACCUAUCGUUUCAGCCUAACACAACGUUGCUAAGCAUACCCUUAAUUUGAAAUCUAAGUUGCUGAAAUUCUAAAAUGUAAUUGGCAAUCUGACUGUCACAAUCAUAAAGUCUGUUUGCUUUCCUGGAAUGAAUUCAUAUCAGAGAUAAUUUAUUAGCGUAAACAGAAUGUUAUUGUUUGAAAAAUGUAAUCAAUGAUAAUGCCCAAAGAGCAUAAUGAAAAUCUAGGUAACCGAACUUCAGAUUUCAUUGUGUGAUAGUGGAAAUAACUACCCGUCAGGCGAUAUCGAUAUUGUAUGCUGUGUCGUUUCUAGUUGAGACUCAUCCUUGUUAUAUUUCAUCUGGGUAAUUUAAGAUCUAAACGAGUCAACCAACAGUGCGUGCAAGGAGAAAAUCCCCAUAAGUUAGUCCCAUCUAUUGAUAGAUGUAUACUUUUUUCCCGUUUCUCAUUUAUGAUUCCUCGCGCGUUUCCUCUAAUCUCGAAAAAGAUAAAUUCGUAGUUCACUUUUGAUACAUCCAUCUUUUUCCUUUUCCUCUCUAUUGCUUAAAUUUUUGGGAUGAAAACCCGGCCGCGUUGCUCGGAUGUUGAUUGUGAAGGAUUUUCGGAGUUUGAGUAACCAAUCAAAGGGCACCUUCAACGCUAUCCACCCUUUUAGUUUAUACUUAAAAUAGAAAUUUAAACUGUUUGUUUGUCUCUUGGUUUGAAUAGUGGGUCCUUCCAUAAAAAUUGACAUCCGAAGCGAAGGCUGUAAUGAUCCAGAAAUAACGCCAAAUACAUGCGGCAGAGCAUACAUCAAGGUGAAUGACGUUGAACACGCCAAACAAGGCAGAGGGCAUAAUGUUGUUGUCGUGGAUGCGGUAACAGGUAAAGAACUUCAGUGUUGGUACUUAAAUGCUGGUAUUUUUUUAAUAAUAUUAAACGUUAAAAAGAAGUAGAUCGACUACUUAUAAGCAUUUUCACGAAGUUAUGUCUAUCACAGCUGUAGUGAGGAGAAUUAUCGAAGCAUAAUAAAACAGUAUUCUACAAUAGUGUCUAAAGUGAUUAAAAAUGCAUGAAACGAUAUAUUAGAGUUCUUGCUCAUGAAAAUAGAAGUAAAGGUAAGGGAACUCAUUUUAUAACUCUUAAAUUACUCGGCUUUAAUUCAAAGAAAUAUCGAAAGUAAUUUUUCAAUUAUGGAGGUGUGCAAGACUCCGUAGUUUUCGAUACCAAAAAAAAAAAAACAUUUUUCAAUGCAGGAAUUGUGGAGCAAUCCGUGAGAUUCGACACUCAUGGAAAUAGUGACGCUGGAAACCAGUUGAAAGACUUUCUUAACAAGAUUUCUGGAGAGUAAGUAUCAGUUUGUCUUACAAACUGCAUACACAAUUUUCUUGUUGAAAUGGGGCCAAAUCUCAGAAUUGCACAGGGAGUCUUUUAUGAAUUUCAUAAGAAAUUUAUAAAAGAUAAAGUUGAAAAGGUCUGGCCGAAAUGUCAGCACGAAAAGAACCACGAAGCAUUCACUCUGUUUUCCUAACCAUACAAAUGUACCUAAACAUAAAAGAAUUUGCGCUCAUCACGACAGUUAUUCAGCGCAAGAUUUGAACAUCACAAGGCGGACGAACAACCAAAUCGACUCCAAAAUGCUGCUCACUUGCUCACAAACUAGGACUGGUUUUCCCUUUCAUUCGGAAAGGUCAAGCUCAGUGGUAAAAUGAUAAAUGUACCAGAAUGUUACUUCAAAUCCUUUUUUUUUUUUUUUUAGGUAAAGGUUUUUUUUUUACAUUGUAGUAUCUCACGUACAGUGAAUGAAACUUCGGACUUAACAACAUUAAGCCUUUAAUUCCUAAGAGUGACUAGCAUCCAAUUCCUCAUUACUACAUCAGCCCUAAAUGGCACUUUAAGGUCCCGAGAAUAAAGAAUUUUAUUAUCAACUUAAGAAGCUCUUCGUUGUUAUUUUUCUUGACAGCUCUUUAAGGAAUGUGUUAAGAAUAGCAUGGAAUAUCAUCAUAUUGAUUUUAGGAGUAGAAAGCUUCAAAAUCAGCACUGAUCCAACUGUAAGCCUUUAGUAAAUAUUUAUGAAAAUUUGGUACAUUUAACAAUUUCUUUUUCUACUUCAGUAAGAUAGUCCUAGUUGCAGUCCAAGACGAGGGUUCAAAAUAUGUUAAAACAGCUUUUGAUGCUCUGACAAGAAUGGGAGGCUACGAUCUGGGCUUUCUUGACUACCGAGGAUCAUAUGCUCUUGUCGGUCACCCAGGAGAUCAGAAGCCAUCUUAUGUUACACAAGUACAGAGCAAGAGUGGGCAGGGACCAAGUGUGAUCUCCAUGACAGUUCCACUUACGAUAAGUAGGUUAUGUAACUGUUAG